GAAAUAACAUCUAAACAUGAAGCACAAAUUAUUAUUUAUAGUGAUAAGUUUUUGUUUUAUUCAAAAAUCUUUUAGUGAUAUUAGUGCAGACAAUCCAAUAAAUGAACAGCCUUCAUCGUCUCCAGAUUUUGUAGUUAACAAAGAUGUCGACACAGAAGUUCAGACGAUUGAACCGUUGGCGGUUAGCGCAAAUGUUGCUGAUACCGGUAACACAGAGCUUUUAUCACCUUCCUUGAGAGGGUUGGCAGCCAUGGCAACGGCUAAUCUACCAGAGAAUCUGCGCCUGAUUAAGGUCAUCGAAGCAACUCGAGAGGUAGUUGCCGGUUUUCGUUAUGACUUGACCGUAGAAGUGAGUCAGCCAGGUGAUGAACAUCACACUUAUCCGUGUCGUCUAACUAUUUUAGAACGACCGUGGGUAAUUACUCAAUGGGGCGCCCGCGAUAGGAGUCUAUUAUCAACAAAUUGUUCGAAUGGUAUUGACGCCAAUUCCGAAAAUAAUGAGCUACUUGCAUUAGCUCCUAGAACACCUGAACAAGAAUCGGAACGCCCUACAGAAACCCCGAAAGUUGAGCCGAAUUAUGACUCCAUAGCAGAUUCAGGUCAAGUUGAAGAAUUAUUGGAACAGUAUACUGAUAAGGAUCGUGUGACUGUUCCUGAUCUUGGCAAUAAUCCGGAUCAAGUGCAAGAGCAAGUAGUAGAACAACAAACAGUCAAAAGCACUGUGCAAAACGUACAGCAUAAGAAUUUUUUGACAAAAGUAGAAGCUUUGGUAGGCUUGAAAAAAUGGUUAGACGACGUUAGAAUUAUGCAACGUACGACUCAGGAGCCAAUUACCUACGAUCCAACAGUAAACCCCAUUUUUACUCAACCUGAUCCUGUUGAUUAUCAUAAAAUCGCCGAGGAACAACCAGAUGCAUUGCAUGAACAAAUAAAGCAAGCAAUUCAAGAACAAGAGAAAGAAAAUUUAGAUAAGGUGAAAGAAGAGAAGGAAGUAGAGCAACCUACUCCUGUGCCCCAGAAGCAAAUACCACUUAAUGUUAUUUCCUUGAACGAGGGUGAAGUUACAGAAAAUGCAGAAGAAAUAAGGACUCGUCGCGGUUUAGGAAGCUCUACUUCAGUUGAUUCUGAAGACCCUUAUAUUCAAGAAUUAAUGCAAGGCGCAUUUUCGCAAUUAUCUUCUUCUGCUGGCGCUAGUGAUAAAAUGAAAUUACGCAAGGUUACUGAUUGCUCCAAGCAAGUAGUUUCUGGUACUUUGGUUAAAUGUAAUUUGCAUAUCAGUGGAGUUGAUGAUGAGCAUGAACAUGAGUGUGAAGUUAAAAUAUGGGUAAGGCAAUGGUUAAAAGAUAGUAAAGAGACAGAUAUAACCUGUGCAAAAUAUAACAAACAAGGAGAGAAAAUUGGCAAAAAGAAAUAUCAGUUUAGAGCCAAAAAACAGUCAAAACGAUCAGUUGAUAGUGAACCUUCAGAUAAACUUCCACUACGUGGAGGAGUUAAACCAGCUGAUGCUAAUGACCCAUACAUUCAAAAUUUAAUGCAAGGUGCAUUGGCACAAUUGGCGUUGUCAGAAGGAUCUAGUGACAGAAUAAAACUUCAUGAAGUUACAGAUUGCACUAAGCAAACAGUAUCAGGGAGUAUAGUUAAUUGUGUAAUAGUUUUGGAGGGUUUAACAGACAAUAAACAUAACUGUGAAGUAAGAAUUUGGGACAGGCCUUGGUCGGAUGAUGCUAAAGAAACUGAUAUCAAAUGCUCUGAAGUUGAUCAAAAUGGUGUUUUAGGAAGUGAAAAGAAAUAUGAGUUCAAAUCACAAGUUAGAGUUGAAAGGGAUUCUGUAAGGGCUUUUGGUGCACCAAGUCCAACAGAUGAAAAUAAUAUUUACGUUCAAGAACUCAUGCAAACUGCAAUGGCACAAAUUGCCAUGUCAGAAGGAGCUGGGGAUAGGCUACAACUUCAUAAACUUAAAGAUUGCACAACACAAGUUGUAGCAGGAACUGCUACUAAGUGUACUAUGGUUGUAGAAGGAUUAUCAGAAAAUAACAAGCAUCAUUGUGAAGUUUCAGUCUGGGAUAGACCUUGGUUGAAGGAUGCUAAAGAAACCACAGUCAAAUGCUCUGAAGUUGAUGAAAAUGGUAUAAAAGGCAGUGAGAAGAAAUAUGAAUUUAAGCCAAAAAUCCGAGUUGAACGUGACACACCUAUACUAGUUGGAGGACCAACUCAUGCUGAUUCGAAUGAUCCAUAUAUUCAAAAUCUAAUGCAGAGUGCAUUCAAUCAAUUAACCACUGCAGAAGGAGCAAAUGAUAAAGCAAAAUUGCAUAAAUUGGAAGAUUGUACAACUCAGGUUGUAGCUGGAAGUUUAAUUAAAUGCACUAUGCAUAUUGAAAAGUUAUCAUCUGAUGAAAGGCAUUCAUGUGAAGUAAAAAUUUGGGACAGGCCAUGGUUGCCCGAUUCUAGAGAAACAGAUAUCACUUGCUCUCAGCUUGUUGACAAUAACAUUAAGAGUAAUAAUCAAAAAACUUACAAAUUCAGAGCAAACCAGCGAGUACAAAGGUCUACCAAUGAUAAUAAAGAGAAUUCAAGAAUUCGUAAGGUACGAGGGAUUCCAGGAGGCGUAAGCCAGGCAGAUCCUGAAGAAACAUAUAUUCAGGACUUAAUGAAGGAUGCUUUUGCACAAUUAGUCACAGUUAAUGCAGGAGGAAGUAGUGCUGUUUUGCAUAAAGUAACAGAUUGUACAAAACAAACUGUUGCUGGAAGUCUAGUAAAAUGCAAAAUACAUGUGCAUGGUUUGGGUGCAAAUGAAAAACAUAAAUGUGAAGUUAAGGUUUGGGACAGGCCCUGGUUGCCUGACGCUCGGGAGACCGAUAUUACUUGUUCUGAAAUAGAUAAUAAUAAUAUUAAAAGUAAAGAGAGUAAAACAUAUAAAUUCAAGGCAAAUAAGCGUGUUCAAAGAUCUGUUGAAGAUAUGAAUGAUGAGAUAAUUAAACAUGUAAAAGGAGGUAUAAAGACUGUGGAUCCAAAUGAUGGUUAUAUACAGGAACUAAUGAAGGAUGCUUUUGCUCAGCUAAUCACAGCCAAUGCAGGAGGAAGUAACGCCAUUUUACACGAAGUGAGAGAUUGUACGAAACAAACUGUUGAAGGAAGUCUUGUAAAAUGUCAGAUACAUGUCCAUGGUUUGGGCGAAAAUAAGAAACAUGAAUGUGCUGUGAAAGUUUGGGAUAGGCCAUGGUUGCCAGAUUCCAGAGAAACAGAUAUCACAUGCUCCCAACUUGUUGACAAUAAUAUUAAAAGUGACAAACAAAAAACUUAUAAAUUUGUAGCAAAUCGUCGGGUACAAAGAUCUACCAAUGAUAUUAAUGAGAUUUCAAGAAAUCGUGAGGUACGUGGAAUUCCGGGAGGCAUAAGCCAGGCGGAUCCUGAAGAAGCAUAUAUUCAGGACUUAAUGAAGGAUGCUUUUGCGCAAUUAGUCACAGUUAAUGCAGGAGGAAGUAGUGCUGUUUUGCAUAAAGUAACGGAUUGUACAAAACAAACUGUUGCUGGAAGUCUAGUAAAAUGCAAAAUACAUGUGCAUGGACUGGGUGCAAAUGAAAAACAUGAAUGUGAAGUUAAGGUUUGGGACAGACCCUGGUUACCCGACGCUCGAGAGACCGAUAUUACUUGUUCUGAAAUAGAUGACAAUAAUGUUAAAAGUGAAAAGAGUAAAACAUAUAAAUUCAAGGCAAAUAAGCGUGUUCAAAGAUCUGUUGAAGGUAAUAAACGAAUUCUACGUGAUAUUUACCGCAUGAAACGCAGCGCUCGUGGAGCUCCCAAGGAAGUAGAUUCUGAUGAUGCAUACGUUCAAGAAUUGAUGAAGGAUGCUUUUGCUCAAUUAGUUACUGCAAAUGCAGGAAGUAGUGAUGCUUCUCUACAUAAAGUAACAAGUUGUACAAAGCAAACCGUAGCUGGAAGUUUAGUCAAAUGUAAAAUAAUCGCACACGGUUUGGGAACAAGUGAAAAACAUGAAUGCGACGUUAAAGUUUGGGACAGACCUUGGUUGCCAGAUGCACGAGAAACGGACAUUACUUGCACUCAAAUUACAGGUGACAAUGUUAAAAGCAGUGAAAGUAAAACAUACAAAUUUCUAGCGAACCAGCGUGCUCAGCGCAGUAUAAGACGUAUGAAGCGCAGUGCACAUGGAGCAUCAAAAAAAGUUGAUUCUGACAAUAGUUACAUCCAAGAACUUAUGAUGGGAGCAUUCAAUCAGCUAGUAUCUACUAAUGCAGAAACGAAUGAUGCUGUUUUACAUAAAGUUUCCGAUUGUACUAAGCAAACUGUAGCAGGAACCAUUGUUAAAUGUAAAUUACAAAUUCAUGUCAGUGGCACAAAACACGAAUGUGAAAUUAAAGUAUGGGAUAGGCCGUGGAUACCAGACGCGCGGGAAACUGAUGCUACUUGUACAGAGCUAUCUGAAACAAACACAUCAAAAGGCGAGCCAAAGUUAUAUGAAUUCCGAAACAGCGAGCGAAAAGAGCGCUCGUCGAAUAUUUUCGAACACAGUAUGACGCACGAGGACAUGAAAACAUGGCGUUUGUUCGCUAAGUUUACUCAGAAACAUGAAAAACGAUAUGAUGCGGAUGAAGCUCGCUACCGAUUCAAUAUUUUCAAGGAAAAUUUGAAACGUAUCGAGAGAUUGAAUCGCGGUGAAUUGGGUACAGCCCAUUAUGGCAUCACUCAAUUUUCCGAUUUGACUCCUGAAGAAUUCAAGUCGCGACAUACAGGACUUUUACCAAGAACUCAGCGGUCAGAUAAUGAAUUACCUCAUGCUUCUGCACAAAUUCCUAGCGACAUAUUUCUUCCUGAGUCUUUUGAUUGGAGAGAUCAUGGUGCUGUUACAAAAGUUAAAGACCAGGGAAGCUGUGGAAGUUGCUGGGCUUUCAGUGUCACUGGUAACAUAGAAGGCCUUGAAGCUAUAAGAUCUGGAAAACUGCAAGAAUUUUCAGAGCAAGAAUUAGUGGAUUGUGAUUCUAUUGAUGAUGGAUGUGGUGGAGGCUUACCAGACAAUGCUUACAAAGCCAUUGAGCAGCUGGGGGGUUUGGAAUCCGAAUCGGACUACCCAUAUGAAGGUAAAAAAGAAAAAUGUCAUUUUGAUCCCUCAGCAACUCGAGUUCAAGUGAGCGGAGCUGUUGAUUUACCACAAAAUGAAACUGAAAUUGCGUUGUGGCUUGUGAAGAAUGGACCCAUAUCUAUUGGCAUCAAUGCCAAUGCUAUGCAGUUCUAUCGUGGAGGAGUAUCUCAUCCUUGGAAGAUCUUGUGCAAGCCUUCUAGUUUGGACCACGGAGUACUUAUUGUGGGCUAUGGCGUACAUACAUAUCCAAAAUUCAACAAGACUAUGCCAUACUGGAUCAUAAAAAAUUCAUGGGGUCCCCGCUGGGGCGAACAAGGAUAUUACCGAGUAUACCGUGGUGAUGGAACUUGCGGAGUGGACCAAAUGGCUACUUCAGCGGUUUUGGAUAAACCAGUUGUUAACUAGACAAAAAAACACCAAGUGCCAAAUAUGAUCCUGUCCAAACCUUUCCAUGUUUAUAAGUAGUCUCCAAACAAAUUAUCUUCGGCGACUGAAAUAUUGGACAACUUGCAUGCAUUUUUGACUAUUUUAAAUUAAACAGUUCAGCAUUGUUUCUGACUGGCAGAACAAACAAAUGUCGAUCAAAUAUUACAAUUCGAUGUGCUCUUAAUUUGCAUAAAUAUAGAUAUUAUAACUAAUUCAAAAAGCAAUCUGCUAUUAAAAUGAGGAUAUAAAGGAGCAAGUCGUUCAGUUUUCCUUUCAACAUGUUAAAAUAUCGAUCAACAUAAGAAUACUCUUUAGAAUUAAUAAAAUGAUAUUUGAAUCUACUCUCUUAAUUAGGGAUAUGCAUUGAUUAUUGAUAGAAGUAGUGAUUACUACUGAAUCUAAAAGCAAAUGGAGGGAAUAUAAAAAAGAAUUGAUUUAUUUGUGGUGGGACAGAAA